AUGCACCAUGGAGGUGAGUUUACAAGCUUUCCUGGAAGGAAGUAUAUUUGUGGGAAGCAAACAUUUGUUGAUUUACUAGACAUUGAUACCUUUUCCGUUCAUGACAUUGAUAAGAUGAUAGAAGACCUAGGGUAUACUUCAGUAGGUAAACCACUUUACUAUCACUUUCAAAGGCCUUUUGGCGAUUUAGAUUUUGGGUUAUUCGCUUUAGCAAGUAAAGGAGAUUAUAACACACCUGCUGUUGACUUGGAGAAUGACAUGGAUCACAUGGAGAAGGAAUCGGGUAAUGAUCCUAUACCCACUGAUCAUAUGGAGAAGGAUUUGGGUAAUGAUGCUACUCUCACUGAUCAUAUGGAGAAUGACUUGGUUUUGCGAUCGAAUCCCAGAGACUACACAGUGAGAAUUUUGAUGGUAUUUUCUUCCCUCAUCAUUUGA